GCCUAAUUGUUCUGCGUAGACGCUGUUAACGUACGCUGAAGGGAUAAAAAUACGCUGAAAGGGAUACCUGUAAACGGGGCUGCCUCCGUCAAGACUGCCAUUCUGCGCCGUUAAGACUUAACCUUUUUGUUGAUUCGAACUAUUCAAUAUGGGUGACGACAACCCUCCCCCUGAAGCCUAUCCGCGUGGCGUGCGGAGCUUGCGCGACUCCCAGACUGGAGAACGAAGUCGCGCCAAGCCGCCAACAAUGUCCGAUCCAGAGUUUGCAAAGACUGCGAAGCCAGCAGGUCCGGUGCAGCUUACGCGCGAGCAAGUGUCAAAGGCCUACGACAUCCUUGAGGAGCAGCGGUUUGGUCCCUACAUGAUGAAGUAUGGUCUCGUAGGCUCAGCGGGCUUGGUUGCGGCCACCUACGUUUACGGCUUCUUCCACCUCGCUCAGAAAAACCGGGAAGCCUGGAUGUCCAGCUUCCGCCACCGCAUCCUCAUUGUGGGCCCUGUGCUAGCCGCGUACGCCACCGCCAACAACAUCCUGCCCAUGCCCUUCAAGGAGCAGCUGGAGGGGCUGCUGGGGCGCCGGGCCAUCUCCCUGCCCGACCUCAUCACAGCGAAGCAGGUCGUCAAGCUGUCGCAGGACCUGCCGCUCAGCGCCCAAGUAUAGAGCAGCAGCUGUCGCAGCGGCAGCAGCAGCAAACAGCAGCAGCAACAACACUGGCAAAUGAAAGGAGGGUGCAUUUUCAUCCUGCCGAGUCACGCAUGCGAAUGCCAUGGAAUGGUGAUUGCGACGGUCCGGGGAGUGUUUGACGCAUAUACCCCCACGCUGCGGUUCGCCAUGCCAUCUGUAAAGGCGCGCGCUUGGUUGUUAGGCCAGCGCAUAGUCCGGGAUUUAAGGAAAGCAGGGAGUAAGAGUUAGCGCGCGUGUUUGGGACUUUCACGUGUUUACAGUAGGGUUUUACAUUCCUGGUAGAACAUCUUUAGGGGAGCGGCGGGAUAGAUGGAUGUCGCCCGAAGGUGGUAUUGCCGUACGACUACACUACGUGCAGGUGUGAUGCAGGGCACGGGUAGGCGACGCAUUAAGUGCUGAUGGCCGGACAAAUCAAAGGGUAGACGCAUGGAAGCGAGCCGCUGGGAGGAUGUGUCCGUGGGGGUUGCAGGAAUGGGGUUUCAUUUUCAUCGUCAUCAGACCAGCGUAGGAUCUUACAACGCAGCGUGCGGUUGUCUCAGCGUUGUCCACGGCAAACGUGUGGUAAACCAUUGCCCUCUGCCCGUUUUACAACCUCCCGACUA